UCGUUAUCUUCCAAAAAAAAUCAGUUCUCCUAUAAAUACAGAAACCCUGGUCACCAAAUCGUAAUACCAAAAAUGAAAACUUUGUCGUUAAUCCUUCCAACAGCCCUCAUAAUCUUCGUCUACUGCUUAGGGCCAGUACCAGAUUUUAUUGGAAGAUGUGAUAUACACCUUCCGAGUUUCAACCAAUGUCUAUCAGAUGCCAUUCAACAUGCCAUCAUACAGCUAAAAGUGCCAAUACCCGACUACGAUUUACCAGUUAUCGAUCCUUUCAAGCCAGGUCAUACUGCCGUCUAUGGAAACUCUAAAACCGGUCUUCGACAAACCUACAGUAACAUUGAAAUUUUUGGAUUUACUAACAUAAACUCGACUAGCGCCUCAUUCAGUCGUGCGUCGGAAAUUUUGGCUAUAAAUGUUACCUUCAAUGAUUUUUUUGUAACGUUUGACUAUAGAAUACGUGGCAGGUUUAUCACAAUACCUGUGGACGUGCUAAGUCGAAAUAGUAGUCUUCACUUAGUUGAACCGACGUUUGAAUUAGUAUUCUACAUGUAUGAAGUUCGAAGGAAUGGUGUGGUGUAUUUUAGAGCAGUCAACAGUACGUUGAAUAUGGUACCAAAGAGAGCUAUAUUUAAUUACACUAGGGUAUUUGAUAAUCAAUCCCAGAACGAUGCUCUAAACGCCAGAAUUAACCAAAAUGGAAAUGAAGCUUUCGACUACCUGCAAAAGCUAUUCCCACAGUAUUUUACGGUGGAUUUUCAAAAGUGGUUUAAUAACGUUUUAGAACUAGUACCAGCGAAGAGCUUUUUCGUUUAA